CGACGGGUACAAGAGGCUGGGCACAAGGGAGUGUUUGUGUACAGUGUAAUGUGUAGCUCAGAGCUGUGGUGCCCAAGAUCAUAUACUCACACACACAGAAUGCUGGGUACUGGGUAUUUGUGUACAGUGUAGUGUGUAGUUCAGAGCUGUGGUGCCCAAGAUCAUAUACCCACACACACAGAAUGCUGGGUACUGGGUAUUUGUGUACAGUGUAGUGUAGUUCAGAGCUGUGGUGCCCAAGAUCAUAUACCCACACACACAGAAUGCUGGGUACUGGGUAUUUGUGUUCAGUGUAGUGUGUAGCUCAGAGCUGUGGUGCCCAAGAUCAUAUACCCACACACACAGAAUACUGGGUACUGGGUAUUUGCGUAGUGUAGUGUGUAGUUCAGAGCUGUGGUGCCCAAGAUAAUAUACCCACACAACCAGAAUACUGGGUACUGGGUAUUUGUGUACAGUGUAGUGUGUAGUUCAGAGCUGUGGUGCCCAAGAUAAUAUACCCACACAACCAGAAUACUGGGUACUGGGUAUUUGUGUACAGUGUAGUGUGUAGUUCAGAGCUGUGGUGCCCAAGAUAAUAUACCCACACAACCAGAAUACUGGGUACUGGGUAUUUGUGUACAGUGUAGUGUGUAGUUCAGAGCUGUGGUGCCCAAGAUAAUAUACCCACACAACCAGAAUACUGGGUACUGGGUAUUUGUGUACAGUGUAGUGUGUAGUUCAGAGCUGUGGUGCCCAAGAUAAUAUACCCACACAACCAGAAUACUGGGUACUGGGUAUUUGUGUACAGUGUAGUGUGUAGUUCAGAGCUGUGGUGCCCAAGAUAAUAUACCCACACACCCAGAAUAUCCUAUGUAAUUUAAACCAGGUGCCUACUUACCCUAGUACCUACCUAUUUUUCACCUACUUACACCUAAUACCCCCUCUCACUACACCUACACUAUACACUCAGCCAGUAACGUCGUCUGACGAACGAUAUCUACGUUAAUAGACGUUGAAAUAGACAGUGUGGUAGCAAGUGGUCUUGUGAGUGUGAGACUGACGGUACUGUCCAGUCUACAGCAGUUACUGGUAACACCUGUCAUGGCCUCAACACCUGCUUAAAGCAGGGUGGUCGCUGAAGGAAGGAGGGCGUAGAUGCGAGGGUAUAUAAGUGUGGCCAUGGCUCUGGUAUGUCAGUUUAGUGCUGUUGCUGCUGCGACAAUGGUGCUGCUGGUCUUAGCUGCUGCAAUUGCAACCCUCACCUCUAUCAUCACUGCUGAUCAACCCUUUUCUGCUGGCAGUGCCUGCUUCAGAAAAUGUGUAGCUGGAGACGUACGUACCUGCCAUUUCCACUUCGAUGUCCAUAGCUAUCAGACCAUGUCCAGGGCAUGUUAUAACUGCCCUAAAGUCAAGACUGACUGUGAUCGACCAGAGUGCAUCCCAGGUGAUGGCAUCAAGCGUCGUAUCCUGGUGGUAAAUAAACAGAUGCCAGGACCACCCAUCCAGGUGUGUCAUGGUGAUCGUGUAGUGGUGGAUGUCAAAAACUCGCUGCACGAUGAAAGCUUAACAAUGCACUGGCAUGGUCUUACAAUGAGAGCGCCAUUCGACUCUUACGGUGAACGGUAUCCUGGCACUCCACACAUGGAUGGUGUUCCCGGCAUCACGCAGUGCCCCAUUCAUUCUGGCUCCUCAUUCAGAUACUCAUUUUAUGCAUCUGAAGCUGGUACACAUUUUUACCAUUCACAUACAGGAUUCCAAAGAGGUGACGGCGUCUUUGGUGCUAUUAUUGUGCGGCAACCGCCGGCUGACGACCCCAAUCAUGAUAGAUACGAUUAUGAUUUCCCUCAGCAUGUGAUCAUGUUCCAUGACUGGCUGCACAUGCCUACACUGGAUAAGUUUAUUCUCAGACAUCAUAGCGGCGGAGACGAUUUUCCUGAAUCCAUGCUUGUAAACGGCCAAGGACCUCACCAGCACGCCGAACCUGCAUCACUUCCGGCCUUAAUUCCUUAUAAACGAUUCACUGUUACAGCAGGUAACAGAUACCGCAUGCGACUGAUCAACACAGCCGUCCUCAACUGCCCCAUCGUUGUGUCCAUCGAUCAACACACACUGAAUAUUAUUGCCGCGGAUGGGAACCCCAUAGUACCAGUUAAUGCCACAUCACUGGUUGUUUACCCAGGAGAGAGAUGGGAUAUUGUGGUUCAUGCUGAUAUUAAUAAGUCUGGAGCUUUCUGGAUGAGCUUCAUGGGAGGAGUUGACUGUGCAGAAACUGAAGCUCACCAGUUUGCCAUCUUGGAGUACGACAGGACAGCAAGUGUUAAUGAGAGUACGUUGCUACAUGACAUGCCGCCCAAGCCAAAGUUCACCGAGGUUCCACCUGCUGGAACACAAGUUAACAGUAUCAACAGUGCCUGCUAUGAUGACCUCAUUUGUGUUGCUGACCUACGAUCACUCUACCCACUGCCCAAGGACCUCCAGACUCCCCAGGCUAACUUCACCUUCUAUCUCGCCUUUGAAAUGCGCAGGAUACAUAAUUCUCAUUUCUACUCUCAAAUUUAUUAUGAUUUUGAUUUAGUGGAAGAAGCGCAGCAGAUCCCCACACCACAGAUCAACAACCUCUCCCUAGUACUGCCAGCCACUCCUAUGUUACUCGGAGGUCAGAGUGUUGAGGAACGCAUCUGUACCGCAGAGUUAACUCCACUGGAGAAGAACUGUAAUGGUGACUACUGUGAGUGUCUCCACAUGUACUCUAUUCCGCUAGGCUCGGUUGUUGACCUGGUGCUGAUUGACGAAGGGCAGUAUGGUGACGAGAACCAUCCCAUUCAUCUCCACGGCGAGUACUUCUGGGUACUUGGUGAAGACCGACCCAACGAUGUUGUUGAUGCUAACAUCACACGCAAUCAGGUUAUAGAGAUGGACAAAAAUGGGGAACUGAAAAGAAAUUUUGAUCAUCCAGUGUAUAAAGACACCGUCACACUGCCUGAUGGAGGCUACACAGUGGUCAGAUUCCGCGCAAGUAACCCAGGCUACUGGUUGCUACACUGCCAUCUGUUGUUCCACUCUGUAGCUGGUAUGGAUUUAGUCAUCAAAAUCGGAAACAACGAAGACAUGCCGAAGGCACCGCCAGAUUUUCCGUCAUGCGGCAGUUUUAAAGGCUCUGAUUUUUUAGUAUAAAUUAUUAAUUUAGCUGUGGAAACAAACAUUCCAAAAUAUACUUGACUGACACACAUGUGAUUUACAUAUAUAUAUAUAUAUAUAUAUAUAUAUAUAUAUAUAUAUAUAUAUAUAUAUAUAUAUAUAUAUAUAUAUAUACAUAUAUAUAUAUAUAUAUAAUAUUUUUUUUCAACAAACUAGCCAUAUCCCACCGAGGCCGAGUGACCUAAAAAGAAAAGCAAAAGCUUUUCUUUUUAAAUUUAGUAAUUUAUAUAGGCAGGGUGAUCCAAAAAAGAAACACUUUCACCAUUAUUCACACUAUCACUGUCUUGCCAGAGGUGCACAGAUAUGACAGGUAAGAUGCCCCUCUUAAUGGUAAAUAUCUCUUAAACCAUACCACGGGCGGGAUUUGAACCCGCUGGUCCAGUGGCUAACGUGACGGUCCGGAGUUUUGAGACUCUCUGACCGCGGGUUCAAAUCCCGCCCGUGGUAUGGUUUGCUUGCAAUCGUGUCAUUACGAUUUCAUGAGUCAAAUAUCUGUUACCCCUCAUAUAUUGUUAAUGUGUCAAAAUAACUGAGAUGUAUCUGUUCUUAAAAUAAUGACAUCAUUGUUUUGCAAACUUAGUGAUGUCAUUGCAAAUAUAUAAAGACAUCGUGAUAUUGUUGAUUGCAAACUUAGUGAUGUCAUUGCAAAUAUAUAAAGACAUCGUAAUAUUGUUGACUUCUUACCAACAAAACAUUGCAGUAAUCUGUACAAUAACACUAGUGAUCACCUCUUCUAAUGUGGUGCGUUUUUAUUUGUAAAUGCGACAGAAAAAGUAUAUUGAAAUUUUAGUACAUUGAAGAGCCUUCAUAAUAAGUACUACGAAGUUUAUAAUUCACUUCAUCUGUGGUAUUUUAACAAAAAAACACAAUAUAUAAGCUUUAAAAGAUGCCAACUGAUGUUAUAAAUGAAAUAUACAAAACGAUCCCCAUAUCCACGGGUCUGGUAUCUGCGAUUUCAUUAUCUACAGUUUACCGUGUCCCAAGAAUAAUCCUUAAUUUUUCAAAAUAAUGGCCUUAGAGUACAAAAUUAGUGAUGGUGAAAUUUUUCAAAGCCUCAGAGAAGCCACAAAGUGCUUUCUGUCAGUGAAAAUGUGAUAAUUAUCCACUUAUUGUGCAUAAUUUAUCAAUUAAAUUUCAUAAUAAUAUAAAUGAAAAACGACUUAUAUACAGUGGACCCUCGGUUAACGAUAUUUUUUCAUUCCAGAAGUAUGUUCAGGUGCCAUUACUGACUGAAUUUGUUCCCAUAAGGAAUAUUGUGAAGUAGAUUAGUCCAUUUUAGACCCCCAAACAUACACGUACAAACACACUUACAUAAAUACACUUACAUAAUUGGUCGCAUUGGGAGCUGAUCGUUAUCCGGGGGUCCACUGUACAGUGGACCCCCGGAUAACGAUCAGCUCCCAACUCGACCAAUUAUGUAAGUUUAUUUUUGUAAGUGCUUUUGUAGGUGUAUUUUUAGGGGUCUGAAAUGGACUAAUCUAAUUCACAAUAUUUCUUAUGGGAACAAAUUCGGUCUAUAACGGCACCCAAACAGACUUCUGGAUUGAAAUAAUAUCGUUAUGCGGGGGUCCACUGUAUAUGGUUUGCUACCGUCCUCAGUUUCAGUAUCCAUGGCAGGUCCUUGGAACAUAUCCUCUGUGGAUACGGGGAUCCUACUGUACAAAAAUUAAUAAAAAAAAAAGGAUAUAUAAUAGGCCUACAGAUGACAUGAGAGGUGCUUAGUAGUUUUAAGUGUAAUAGGUUAAGUCUUGUUUGUUUGUAUAUGGUAGAAAAUUUUUUUAAUGUUGUUCCCUUCAAGGUCGGUGCUUGAUGAUGGUCAGAUAGCUCUUGAUCAUGGGAAGUGGAGCUCUUUCUUUCCUGUGAAUGUUCCUUGAUGCUGGUGAGGGGUUCUUGAUAUAAGGAUCUGGUAGGUUCCUUGAUUUUGAUGAGGGGUUCUUGAUCUCAGAAGCUGGACCUGUGUAUUCUAGUACCUUGAAGUCAGCCUGAAUACCUUGAAGUCAGCCUGAAUACCUUGAAGUCAGCCUGAAUACCUUGAAGUCAGCCUGAAUACCUUGAAGUCAGCCUGAAUACCUUGAAGUCAGCCUGAAUACCUUGAAGUCAGCCUGAAUACCUUGAAGUCAGCCUGAAUACCUUGAAGUCAGCCUGAAUACCUUGAAGUCAGCCUGAAUACCUUGAAGUCAGCCUGAAUACCUUGAAGUCAGCCUGAAUACCUUCAGUAUUCCCAGGCGCUGUAUGUCUCCUAUCAGUUUAACGGUGAUUCUAAUAACAAUCUUCCUUGCCUUGAAUCGAACCUGAUUGCCUCUCAUUCCUCAGAUACUCUAUGGCCCCUAUGGGUUUAGCGCUUCCCCAGAAAUAGCAUAAUACUCUUAUAACUUCGGCUGUGUUGAAUUUUCUUCAUUAAAUUCAGUCGUGUCUCAGCAAUCUUAGCUAUUAAUAUUUGUUAAUAAGAAAUAAAUGCUAAUUUAUAACCCACUUGGAAACAAAAACUCAGGAGAGCAAUUCAUCUGUAUAUUUUGACCACCUUCUGGGGUCCUCUUCAGUAGAUCAGCUGAAGAGGACCCCAGAAGAGGGUCGAAAUACAGUGGACCCCUGGUUAACGAACUUUUUUCAUUCCAGUAGUAUGUUCAGGUGCCAGUACUGACCGAAUUUUUUCCCAUAAGGAAUAUUGUGAAGUAGAUUAGUCCAUUUCAGACCCCCAAACAUACACGUACAAACGCACUUACAUAAAUACACUUACAUAAUUGGUCGCAUUUGGAGGUGAUCGUUAAGCGGGGGUCCACCGUAUACAGGUCAAUUAAACUCCUGAGUUUGUCUCUCCAUGUGGGUCAUUAUUGAGUAUUAAUUCAUUUUUUUAUUAACAAAUUGGCCGUUUUCCACCUAGGUAGGGUGACCCCCCCCCCCCCAAAAAAAAAAACCACUUUCAUCAUUAUUCACUCCAUCACUGUCUUGCCGGAGGCGCGUCUACACUACACUUAUAAAACUGCAACAUAUCAAUAACCUUCCUUCGGAAAGAGCAUAAAUAUUUUUAUAUAUGAGAAAGCGCUAAACCCAUAAAAGUGUUACAGUACCUGGGAAACGGGAGGUAAUCAGGUUUGAUCUGAGGAAGGGGAGGGAGCUUCAGUACCAUAAAGUGAGAGUCACAAGCAUGAAGGUCAAUGGUAUCAAUAUUAUGCAACACUGAAAUACAACAAACAAGGUCAAAUAUAUUAGUUACAGUAUUUCUGAAUGUGAUAUCGUAUAAUUUUUUACUAAAAUAUUUGUAAAAUAUUUCAGAAAUACAACAAAUAAAUUAGAACUGCUG